AUGUCAGCAGAAGUAUUCGGACCCCGACGCAUCCGGGAGGAAUCUGCCCUGCUGCGGACUGUCAAUCCUAGCACUGGGGCCCUCCCCUUCCAGUCUCUCAUGGUUGCAGACCUGGGCGAUGUCAAUGUCAAUCUUUUCAACCUUCAGGACAGCUGUCGGCUAAUUCGAGAGGCCUAUCGGAACAUCGCAGCAGCCGGCUGCAUUCCGCUGACCUUGGGUGGAGAUCGCACAAUCACAUAUCCCAUAUUGCAAGCAAUAGCAAACAAGCAUGGCCCUGUGGGUCUGCUGCACGUGGGCGCCCACACAGACACAGCCGACAAGGCCCUGGGGGAGAAGCUGAGUCACUGGACUCCUUUCCGCCGAUGCGUGGAAGAGGGACUGCUGGACUGUAAGCGGGUGGUGCAGAUUGGCAUCCGGGGCUCCUCCAUGACUGUGGAUCCCUACAGAUAUAGCCGGAACCAGGGCUUCCGGGUGGUCCUGGCUGAAGAUUGCUGGAUGAAGUCACUUGUUCCUCUGAUGGCGGAGGUCAGGCAGCAGAUAGGGGGCAAACCUCUGUAUAUUAGCUUCAGUAUAGAUGCUUUGGAUCCUGCCUAUGCCCCAGGAACAGGGACACCUGAAGUUGCUGGUCUCACCCCUAGUCAGGCUUUGGAGAUUAUCCGGGGCUGUCAAGGCCUGAAUGUGGUGGGCUGUGACCUAGUGGAAGUUUCACCACUUUAUGAUCUUUCCGGCAACACGGCCCUCCUGGCAGCAAACCUACUGUUUGAGAUGCUGUGUGUUCUCCCCAAGGUAAUGGCUGUCUGAAUCUGCACUCUCAAGACAAAGCCGUCACUGAGCAGUUCUCAAGGACUUGUGAGUGAGCAGUCCAAGUGCUAAGAAGUUUACACCAAUAAAGAUUUUUGGGCAAGUGUCAUCAGUGGCUGUAAAAUAAGGACAUCCAAACCUGAA